AUGCCAUCUGUAACCGAAGUCUCAGUCAAUUUAGUCCUCUCUAUUGCAAUUCUUGUGGUCUCUCGAUUCCUAUGGAGCUAUCUGCGGUCUCCACUCAGAUCCUUCCCCGGUCCACCUGUGGCUGCGUUCACGAACGUAUGGCGCAUGAUGGAUGUGUUCAAAGGCCGUUGCGAUAUAACGCAUAACGCGCUCCACCGCAAGUAUGGAUCCGCGGUUCGAUUAGGCCCAAAUCUGCUUAGUCUAUCAGAUCCAGACGUCGUGAGCCAGGUCUACAAUACGAAGACUCCAUGGCAAAAGAGCGACAUGUACUUUCCAAACGAUGUCCUCGUCGACGGAAUUCGCUACAGCAACCUGUUCUCCACUCGCGAUGAGAAAUGGCACUCGACCUUCGUUCGGCCCAUCAAAAGCCUAUACUCGAUGAGUAAGGUCCAGGAUAUGGAGCCUGGGCUGGACGUAACAAUCGCUCUUUUUUUCGAGAAGCUGCGCGAGCGGUUUGUGAAAACCGGAAACGUUUGUGACAUGUCUGAGUACUUGAACUUUUUUGCCUGGGACGCCAUGAGCGAAAUCACCUUUUCGCAGAAUCUUGGGAUUCUUGAGGCGGGAUGGGACUACAGGGGUUUUCUUAAACGGUCCAAUCGUACCUUGGACUAUUUCGCUUCGAUUUCCCAGCUGCCCAUUCUGGACCAUCUGCUGGAUAAAAACCCUGUCAUGCGCAUUGGACCUCCAACAUUCAUUUGGGCCAAUAUUUUCAGCGUUGAGCAACUCCAGAAGCGCCUGGCUGCUGGGGGCAUAAAAGAAAGCGGACAUGUCGACUACCUAGAUCGCUUCCUUGAAGCGAAGGAAAAGCAUCCCGAGCUUGUAGAUGACAACACCAUUAUUCUUUGGCUAUUAUCGAACGUCCUUGCAGGCUCCGAUUCUACUGCUGGUGCCAUGUGCAGCAUUGUGUACCACGUUUUGAAACAUCCGCAUGUUCACAAGAAGCUUUGCGCUGAACUCCGGGCCGCCCACUUAUCGUUCCCCCCGACCUGGAAGGAGCUCCAAGGACUCACAUACUUUGAUGCCGUGAUGCGAGAAGGGGUUCGUGUUGGAGGUGGAGUCGGGCUUAUCCUUGAGCGGGUCGUACCCAAGGGUGGGUUCCAUUUGCCGGAUGGAAGGUUUGUCCCGGAGGGCACCGUGGUGGGAGUCAAUCCCUGGGUCAUGAACCGCUGUGAAGCUGUUUACGGCGGCGAUAUCGAGUCCUUCAUCCCGGAGCGCUGGCUUCAGAACCCCGGCGAGCGGGAUGAGGAUUACGAACGACGCUUCUCAAAAAUGAAGGCCACAGAUUUCAGUUUUGGAGGCGGGCCGCGCGUGUGCCUGGGAAGAUAUGUAUCCAGACUGGAGAGCUACAAGCUGGUCGCGGCACUUUUCACCCAUUUCGAUCCAAUCACAGCGCGAGGGACAAGCGCUGUGGGCGGUGAAACUGUGGUACGGCAGAACAACACCGCCCGAGAUAAUUUUCUUAUCGAUUCUUUAGCAGACGGGCUUUCAAAUUAUCGCUGGGGAGAGUUUCAGAGUGUCGCCGCCACGAUGGUUCGUCAGCUCAAGCACCAUGAGAAGAAACUUCUUCGGAAGGUCGACUUCCACACAUACAAAUCCGAUGGCAACCACCGCGAACACCAGGUCAGCCAGCGAUACCUCCUACAAGACCCAAUGGACUAUAAGAAGUACAGCCAACUAUGCGGCUCGAUGCGCUCCCUCGCCCACAAGCUCUCGCAGCUCGACCCGGACUCGGACCCCGUGCGCCGGAAACUGGAAUCGGAGCUCUUGGACAAAUUGUGGCGGAUGGGUAUCCUGAAGCAGUCGCGGGAGCAAGGUGCCGGACUGUCGCGCGUUGAGCGAGAGGUCACUGUGUCUGCUUUUUGCCGCCGGCGCUUGGCGGUUUUGAUGGUGCGCUCCGGCAUGGUUGAGACUAUCAAGGCGGCCACCACUUUCAUCGAGCAAGGCCACGUCCGCGUCGGAACGGAGGUGGUCACUGACCCGGCUUACCUUGUCACUCGGAACAUGGAAGAUUUUGUGACCUGGGUCGACUCCAGCAAGAUCAAGCGCAACAUCAUGCGCUAUCGGGACAAAAUGGACGACUUUGAUCUUAUGUGA